AGGACAAAGAGAGAACAAGGAUUUAUCAAAUUUGUUGUUUCUAUUCUUACUUCAUGCGAAAUUUCCAAUCCAGUGGAGAUUUUGCUGGCUAUUUAACUAGUAUGCCUGAUAAUAUGAUAAAGGGUAAUGGUUUCCAUUAACCCGAAGAUUACAGCACGGAAUUUCUACAUAUGCGAUCGCGAAGCGACCCACAGGAGGAAUUCUUUCAAUUGACUCCAUCAUACAUCUAGGGUUGCUCGUCCUGGUGGUUGUUAGUUGAAUGUCCCAUCAAGCGACUUGAGGUCGUGAAGAAAACAAUCGAACUCGAAGUAGUGGCGUGGUUGUGUAUUAUUGGUAUAGUAGUUAGCUUGAAUAUCUCCGUUUUCCACCCAACAAGAAGCGGAAAAGGAGUUGAAUCACUCGCAGGAAUUAUCUGUGUGGCUGAGGACGAGGACCACGCAACCAUCCACUUCUUCAUCGAUUUCAACAUCUUCUACUACUUCGCUGGAGGUUGGUCUAUCGAUCAAUACGACGGUGGUACUUAUUCAGCAUCCACGUCGGCUUCCUCGGCGUGCGUCCGUCGAGUAGAUCAUAAUUUGAAUUAACUGCGGAGUCCUUUAUUCGAUGGACAAGCCACUCUCCCGGCAAGGCACGUACGUGCCGAACGCGCGGUGCCAGAACUGCAACAAGGCGGGCCACUGGACGUGGGAGUGCACGGUCGUAUCAAAUGCAAAAAUGUCUGGGUCUGGAAGGUUGUAACUUGUGAUGCUGUCUUCGGAUUCAAAAAAAAUCUGUAAUGCAUGACCAGCAAGAGGAGUCCAGUUUUUGCCACGGCGAGAGGGUAUUUCUCAUGCGGAACAGGCAUCAGGAAGCCCUCUUAAAAUCUGUGAUGCUAGACCAUGCAUUACAGACCUCAUGGGCCAUGGAAAACCUGCAUGACAAAUCUUCCACUCUUCCAGACCCAGACACUUUUGCACUUGAUAGGUCGGGGUGCAGAACUAUACCGCGCGACCCACCAAGGGCAAAAAGAAGCUGAACGAGGAACUUCCGCCGGAGGUGAAGGUCUCCCAGCUGUUGGUCGACGACUACCACCGCGGGAGUUUGAAAGAGCAAGAGGAGGACGAGAAGGAUAGUGUGAACAACAAAACUAAGCAGGCCGACGAGGACGAUCGCGAUAAAAACUCGGGGACCACGACCCGGAAGGACCACAGCGACUCUGUGGUAGCGGAGGACAUGAAGGACCACCAGCAGGACCAUGAUGAGCAAGCAGCCGCUGAUACAACUAUUCCGAACAAAAAGGACAAGGACCGCCGCGAGAGUGGGUCCACGCCCGCCGGCGGCACGAACUACCGUGCGCGGCAAGGGCAGAAUUACGAGGGGGGCGCGGAAGACGACGGAAAGAUGCGGGUCCGCGGUCGCGGCGCCAAGCGUGCGCCGCGUAAGAGCAUGUACAACUCGUCGGACGAUGAUUCGGGCAGUGACUUUUUCACGAAGCGGCUGUCGCGGGACGAGCGGCAGGCAAUGGAGGGCGGCCGAGGAUCGGCCUACAACGCGACCAACGCCUAGUAUGGAAGUGUCAGCGACUUGAGAAAUCGACACGAAGUGGAAAAGAAUUGUGAUGCGCUGGCUCAAAUACAAUCGACAGUACCCAUUGGAUCUUCCGCAACUUCAAUUUCUAGUACUAUGCGGCACGUGACAUUAAAUUUUACAGAGGGCACCUGGGCAUUCAAUCUCGAGCAAAAGCCUAUUCAGUCUUAGAAUCUCCCAUUGUGGUUGUUUUUGUUGCCUGCAACUAUGCAUAAACAUAUAAGUUUUUUUCCCAUUCUGAUGCCCAUUUCCGACCUGACGCUUCCAUACCUGCCGCGGCAAGGGCGGAAAGUUCGGCGAGGGGGGCAAGGGCGGAAAGUUCGGAAAGGGCGGCAGGGAAUUACUGCACGAAAGCGGUGGUCGCGGAGACAAGAACGGGUCCUCGUUUUUCGACAAAGGCGGCAAGGGCGCCGCGUACGGGAAAUACAACAAACACGGUGGUACCACGGGCAAGGGCAACGAGUUUUCCUACCAGGACAUUGACGAAAAUUGGCAACACGAUCAGUACCACGACGAGAAUGACCGCAACGCGGACCGCCGUUCGCGUCGUGCUGCGUCCUACGGCCGCGACAACGACCAUCGGGGUGCGUCGGUGGUGCAAAAGCGUCGGUCCUCGAACGACCGCCGAUCUCCGCGUGGCCGUGGUGGCCGCGAUAACAACAAGAGCAGCAGGAUCGUGGAGCUUUUGCCCCGCCAGGACCACGACAGCACGGGGGACCUCCGCGGUCACGAAAAGAGUGCCAAAAACGCACUGCGCGACCGGGGGAACACGCACAACAACGGGGCCAGUGCUACUUCGAAGCAGGGUCAACAUCUACACUUGUCCACAACUUCCCGCAACCAGCAGGUGAGGGGAACAAAUAAUGCGACCAAGAAGCAUCAUGCGCGAGGAGGAGAUCAUCGCCCUCGUGGGACGGGCCGGCGGUCAGCGUCCUCAAGCUCCGGGUCGGAUUCGCCAUCGAGUUCAAGUGAUAUGAAAGUGCACAACCCCCCCUCCCCCUCAUUUCUCAUGCAAAGUGCCUUUAUUUGGCACUGUUUGCAUGACAAGUUCUGGCAGUCCAAAUAGCACUACACUCCUGUCCAAAUUUGACAUGCAAAAUCUGUAUUCUUGCUGACGCUUGUAUUGCUGUUCAUGCAAUACAAAUGAGGGGGAGGGGGAGUUGUGCACUGUCAUAAGUGACGAUGAGUCCAACUCCUCCGGAUCCGACGACACCCCCUCGGAGGAGGAGCAAAAGCCGCCGCGCGCUCGCGGCCGCUAUCCUGAGUAAAAACGUACCCACAAUAGAGUUGUAAUGCAAAUCUGCAUGCUGAAAAUGUCUCUCAUGCGGAGCCCCAUGAGAAGCAUUUUCUAGUCGUGUUUUGCAAUUUGUCAUGCUCCAAUCAGCAUGGUAUGCUACAUCUGUGAUGCUGCUGAGAUAGCUCAAACAGCACUACACUACGAAUCCAAAUUUGUCAUGCAAAACAGCCAAAGCUUGUGGAUUUGUCUAGCCGAUUCACCAUCUUGACUAUGGUGUGGGUACGUUUUUACUCAGGAUAGCCGCGGUGCCAACUUUGCCGUCAACUUCCGGCGGAACGGCGCGUCGCCUCCGGACAACAACCUUCGGGGACGAGGUGGACAUCAAAAUGAUUCGUCGCGGAACAUCAACAAGUCGGGAGGUGGUACUACUGCGACCACCUCUGGGGGAGUGACCUUGAAGAGACCGGCGCCCCGACCUACGGUGGCACAACUAUCCGCGCGGCCGCGAGCGGGUGAAGGAGCCGCCAAGGAGAGCAGCAGUCGAAUAGCCACGAACAACAAGCGUGCAGACCAGCAGCAGGCAAAGAAAAAACGGGCUUCCAAGUCGGACAGCUCCAGUGAGGAAGAUGACGAUGACUCUUCGGACGACGACGACUCGAAGUCUAGUGAUUCCAACGAAGAUGCGCAGCCUCCGCCGCGGAAGACCAACCAGCCCCGGCGCGGCCGCGAGGAGAACAACCGAUCUACAACUGCGAAGAAGGACGAGAACAUCAAAGACCGGGCCGCUAACGCCAAGCGCGCCGCCGGCACGACCAGUGCCAAGCCUACUUCGAAGAACAGCUCUACUACUUCAAGUGGCGCGCCGGCCGGCACGAACAAGAAUGCCGCAAUCAAUAAACGCUCCGGGAAGAACAAUGUGGAUCAAGCUGCAAGUCGUCGUGUCGAAAACAACAAGCAGAAGGACAGCAAUAAACGUCAAAGUCCGUCGCGCAAUGCAAAUGCUGCCAAGGCAUCAAAGCAGGCAGGUGGCGAUAAACAUAAACAGGCGGCGGUGAAGAAGAACAAGGGAAACGAGUCCUCGGAAUCAUCCGACGACGAAUCCUCAAAUUCUUCGUCCUCCUCAGACGAUGACGAAUCGCAAUCGGAGGAAAACUCGCAGGAAUCCGACUCCUCCGAGUCCUCCUCCGAGGAAGAGGACCGGCGUCCCGCGAAGCGGGCCCGGAAGCAGUGAUGGCGAUGCCGGACUAUCUCAUCUACAUCUUCACCGAUUGUUGUUCACGAAGACGAGUUCUACUAAUUUAUAAAUGAGGACAAAUAGCACAGUAGCUGCAUUGGCACGACGAUUGAACUCUCACAAGAUCAGUAAAUAAAAGCUGGAGACUACUCACCACGACUUGAAGGAACAACACCGCUACGUACGACAAUGCACUUUGCAACAGCAAUGUACGACGACACAUUUCUCGAGCUGAUGCGCAUGCGGAAGCUGAUCAUGAUGCGAAGAUAAUUACAACAAAGUCUUCCGAGAAUGCCGUCAACAUGCUAACUAGGUCGUACUUGCUGCAACUGCUUGCACCGAACCAAAACUUCUAGCAGCACGCUCCAGUCUCUCUAGCGCUGCGACGAGACAGGAACCACACUGAUGUGCGAGUGCGACCACGUAUCAAAACAAGGACGAAAUAGAUGAUGACGUCGCCUUGGGGCGACGUCGAACUCGUUCGUAACAGAAACAAGUAAAAAACCAUGAAGAAAAUAAAAAAGUCCGACGCACAGAAUCUGAAUGGGCAGCGGAGCGGGCAAUGGGCGCAACCUUGUCUCUGAUUGAAGUUGAACCGUUCGGGUGGUCCCCGAAGCAUUUAUCCACUUCUUGGACCUUUUAUAAGCAUAGCGAUAGUCAUAGUCGUCGACCUUGCUACUUACCACCUAGAAGAAGAUGAAGACAGAGUGCCUCUUUUGUCUGAAACAGAAGCAAUGAUACAUGAUUAUGGCAAUCAGGGAGUUACAACAAAAUGUCGCCAAGUUUUUUUCAAAAAAAGCAUCAAAACCUAUACCAGUGCGGUACGCGCAUGAUUAAGUCAGGUCUUCUUGAGAUAAU